AUGGGUAUGGGUAACGAUUCCAUCUCGACAUACGCCUUCGCCAGUCUAGGCUGGCUCUCCCUCCAGGCCGUGCCUCUAAUUGUUUGGCCGACCUUCAUCAGCUCGAUGCUCACAGAGAACGGCGGACACGCCCAUGCUCCUGUCGUGGUAAAUGUCAUCGAGACGUACUUCGCCCGAUACCUGGGGUUCUCCCAAUUGGCCAUCGGUCUUCUCAUCGUCACCCUUUCAGGUGCCCUACCACUCACCACCAAGGUGACUUCCCCAGACGACGCCAACUCCCCCUACGCAAACGCCGUCGUCUUCAUCUCCAUGUUCUACCACGCCAUCGGCGCCGCCUACGGCUAUAGCCGCUACACAAGCAGCGGCGGCCACGUCGGCUACCUGCUCGGCUUCACCGGCAGCGGCAUCAUGGCCGCCUACGCCCUGUGGCUCUUCAUGUUUGCCAAUGAGCACGCCAAGGUCACUGCUAAGACCGGUGCCGACAGCAGGACGAGCAACUUCCCCUUCAAGAACGCUGAGGCUGAGAAGAGAUUUGAGGGUGACAAGAGGAGGGAGACUCGCAAGGCCAUCUAA